GUGUGCAGCCCCUGGUUCCCCCACCAGACAGACAUAGACAGAGCGACUGAGAUGACUAGGAGAGACGGAGGGGAGCAGGGAGAAACAAACACAAAGAGGCGAGGAGGAACUGAUGGAAUGACAAGUCUGGCUUUGGGUUCACACUGAGAGGGAGGGUCCGUGAAGAGUAGAAAGAGACAUGAGAAAUAGGCAGCUCCAGUGACAGGGUAGACAAAGGUAGUUUCAGAGUGCGUGUCUCCUGCUCAUUUCAUUCACAUACAGAAACACACACACUAUUUCUCUUCUCGCUCACACACCCUCCAGCAGAAGAAGCCGAGCUGUGUGGGUGUGAGGCGGCAGGAGGAGUGAUAUCUGUACUUCCAUACAUACAGCCGGCUGACGGAUUCACUUAAUCACAGAUGACAGACACCUGCUGGGUGCGCACUUGCUAAAACACCUUAAUUAAACCAUACACCCAGGCUCACACACAAGAAGUCAACAUGGGUCUGGUGAUGGGAACCUUCUCCCUGCAGUCCAAGCAGAUGAACUACCACAAAGACAAAGCAGAUGACGACUUGGAGAUGACUGUUGUGUGCCAUAGACCAGAAGGUCUCGAUCAGAUGGAAGCUCAAACCAACUUCAGUAAAAGAGAACUCCAAGUGCUCUACAGGGGCUUCAAGAAUGAAUGUCCCAGUGGAGUUGUCAGUGAAGAAACUUUCAAACAAAUCUACUCCAAGUUUUUUCCACAUGGGGAUGCCAGCGCCUACGCUCACUACCUGUUCAAUGCUUUUGACACUGGACACACAGGAUCAAUAAAGUUUGAGGACUUUGUCACGGCUUUAUCCAUCCUGCUAAGAGGUUCUGUCACAGAGAAACUCCAGUGGACCUUUAAUCUCUACGACAUCAACAGAGAUGGAUACAUCAACAAAGAGGAAAUGACAGACAUAGUCAGAGCAAUCUAUGACAUGAUGGGGAAGUACACAUAUCCUGUCCUGAAAACGGAUGCUCCCAAGCAGCAUGUGGAUGCCUUCUUUCAGAAAAUGGACAAAAAUCGAGAUGGUGUCGUCACACUUGAUGAAUUCAUCCUUUCUUGUCAAGAGGAUGAAAACAUUAUGAGGUCUCUGCAGCUCUUUGAAAAUGUCAUCUAAAUGACAAAUGUCAGGAGGGAGGUGGA